AGAAAGAUAUGGGAUGAAUGAGGAAGAUACUAAACAAGCUUUGAGAUAUUUCCAUGAUGUAAGUCUCAUGUUAUAUUAUCCAGAAGUUACAAAUGUCGUCUUCAUCGAUUCAAAGCCAGUCCUCGAGAUUCUCUCACAAUUAUUAGCUCUCACAUACGUUGAUGAUGACAAUGCUUUAGUUUCAAUUUUAGACAAACCUCUUCCUCUCAAAGUUACCAAUAAUCUCAAGGAAGGAUUCUUCAAUGAAGAUAUUUUUGAGCAUUUGAAGUUAAAGUCUGUCAUAUUUUCCCUACCAGAGUUCCAGUUGUUUGACCUAAUCAGACUCCUCCUUUAUCUUAACAUCAUCAAAAAACUACAAGAUGAACAAAAGGGACACUACUUCAUUCCUUAUGCUCUUCCUUCAUACAAUGAACCAGUUUCAAUUAAGGAGACUAAUGCUAAGCCACUUGUUAUAGUCUGGAGGGAAGAGAAGAGUGAAGAGAUCCUACCCGUUCCUACAGGAUUGUUCCCUUUAACCAUUGUAUACCUACUCAACCAGAAAGAACACAUUACUAAAAUCUCUCCAUCAACACCAGAGUAUCAUAAAUUUCGAGAUGCCAUGUCCCUCAAGAUAACAAUCACACGAAAGCAUACACUUCACCUCAUCAACCGUUACACUCAUAUUGAGGUGUACUUUACUGGUCCUACCCAGCAUUGUCCAUUAGUACGUAAGCUACUCACAACAGCUAUUGAUAAUAGCAGUGAUGCUAUGCACCUCAAGCAUAAUUACGUCAAUGCAUUUGCUUGCCCUUACAAUGAGAGUUGUUAUUGCAUCGUAAAUGAAGGUUAUAAAGUAGCUGAUUGUACAGUUUGUGGUGAAUCUCCUGAUAUUGGCAAUGACUAUUGGAUGUGGUUUACUGAUGCACAAGGUAUGUGUAUAAUAAUAAUUAUUAUUUAUAGUUUAUCACUUGUGUAUUGGACCUGUUGAGAGUAACAUUGGAACACAAAUAAAACAAGUUAAUGAUCCGUCAUUGGAUGAAAACUUGCUAGAGAAGAAGCCACUAAAGAGUGACCUCCUUAGGUUAUUUAAAGGUUCUGCUGUUCAUUAUAUGGUCAUUGGUACUGCACUUGAUGUUGAAGUGAAUGAUCUGUUACCUAAUCCACAGUCGACCACUAGUAAUCUCAUACUAGUGUUCCAGAGAUGGAUAGACUCUAAUAAUGAUGUGACCUGGAGGAACAUACUUGAAGUUUGUGAAGAUUAUCCAGGUGAACUUGGUAAAGCAAAAUCUGAUGUGGAGGGAUUCUUGUCAUCAGAUAGAGCCCGUAAUAAAUAUAAGUAACAAUACAUUUCCAUUUUCCAUUGAUUUUUGAUU